GAACGGAAAGGGCGAGACGCUGAACAAAUAACCAAAAUCAAAACCAAAUUGGGAAGCAAAUAAAGCUCCCCUUCCCCUUCCCAUUCGAAUCCCUACCUCCAUACCAUCUCCAUCCAUUCCCUUCCACUGCCUCACCCAUGGAUGAACAAUUUCAAUUGGAAGAACAUCUCUCCACCAAAUGGAUUAUGGAAUUGAAGACCAAAGUUGUUCAUAUUAAGAUCGCAGCCUCAGAUCUCAAGGCUACAUGAUUUCUCAUCCAUUUAUCCCUUCUUAUCCCAUUCAACCACGCCGCCAAAUUCUCCAAUCUUUUCUUGCCCUUCGAUUUGCAUCACAGGGUGGCGCUGGCUCUGGCGCCGAUGUGCUUCUACUGUACCCGACCCGACUGUGAAGCAAUAUAUAUAUUUUUCCGCUUUUGGAAAAUCAGGACCAUGUCUCUGUUUGACCAAUGAUCAUGGACCAAGACCGAGGACACGGAGCUAAGGUUAGGGUUUUGAUCGAGAAGGCUACCAACUCCACUGAUUCGGAAGUUCAUCCUCGCCUCCUCAAGGCCAUCAAAUCGGUUGUUCGGUCUUCCGACUCUGAGCUCCGAGUCGCCGCCCUAACUCUUAUGGACCUUAUGAAGCGCGACCAUUCUCAGGUUUCUUAUUUGUGCCUUCUGAUAAUUGAUGAACUUUUCAUGAGAUCAAAGCUUUUUAGAUCCCUUGUUGUCGAGAACUUGGAUCAACUGUUGACAUUAAGUGUUGGAUUCAGAAGAAAUGUACCACUUCCUGCACCAGCAGCUGUUGCAUCUAUAUUACGUUCAAAGGCAAUCGAGUUUUUGGAGAAGUGGAACGAUUCUUUUGGUAUUUACCACAGACAGCUUAGAUUAGGUUAUGACUACCUAAGGAACAUUCUUCGAUUCAAGUUUCCAAAUAUACAGGCAAAUGCAGCGCGGCGUCAGCAAGAGAGAAUGAAAAGAGAAAGAAGGUCAAAAGAGAUACUUAUUAGCAAGUUUGAAAUGUUGAAAGGGAAUUUUUCUUCUAUCAAGGAAGAGAUUCAAUCGACUUUAGACGAGAUCAAGGAGUGUUUGGAUAUUGUUCAUUCUAAAGAGGAUUCCAAAGCCAUGAUUCCCUUGGAUGAUGACAUCACAGAAGACUUUCGACCUUCCGAGCUGAGACAGAUUCGUCUUGAUGCACUGAAAGAAGGGGAAAUGGUUCAUGAGAAUAAUGAUAAUAAAGUGAUUUUUGAUGCAUUAAGGGAGGUUUACAAGCUCAUGUCAAAACAUCUGGUUUCCAUCAAAGAGUGGAUUUCUGUUCUUGUUAGGGUUGACUCAACGGACACAAGAUUCAGGGAUUCAGCCUUAAGGGAGUUCAUCGACAUACGAAAUAGUCUAUGUGCAGUGAAGAAGAGAUGUGAAGAAUCGGGUUGUACUUUUACAGAGAGUGCAAACCAUGACGACAAAGAUGAAGAUUUCUGGGAAGAAGGUCCGGUGGGCGCAACGGAGAAUGGAGAUUCUGUUGCAUAUGAAAGGAAAAAAGAAGAUGUUGCCAUGAAUGGAGGUUCCUUUACGUACGAAAGGAAAAAUGAAGAUCAUGUUGUGGCGCCAACAUCCAACGUGAUUAAAAAUGCAGGCACUGAAACCAUUAGUGAGGCACAUGUUGGCAAGGCGGUGCAAAAUGGCGAAGUUGGUAGUAGUGAUUCAGCCCCUUCCCUGAGGAAUAAGCUCUUAGCUGAUGCUCCAGUUAUUGAAUGGGGCUCUUUCUUAAAUACGUGGGACUCGAAGAUGGAUAUUCUGGCUAACCAGCGAGGAUUAGAGCUUGAAAGUCACUGGGGUCGAGUAGACUACGAUGCAACAAUUCCUGCAGAGAAAAUUGCAGAACUAAAUGUCCGGGCUUCACUGUACAAGGAAGAUCAACCCGAAAUUCAACCAUGUCAUGCUCCUUUAAGAAAAGGAGGACUUUGUCAGAGAAGGGAUCUAAGAGUGUGCCCAUUUCAUGGACCUAUUGUGCCGCGUGAUGAUGAAGGACGACCAUUCGACACGAGCUCUUCAUUGGAUGAAACAACUCCUCCCAAUCAAGAGAUGGGAUCCGUUGAAAAGUUAGUGAAACAGGCUGUGAAAAACGUACGUGCCAGAGAUAAAGAGGCAGCGGAGAAGCGAGAACGUGACAAACAAGCACUGAAACGUGCCAAACUUGCGAAGAUUAGAGAGCACAAUGAAGCUGUUUUGCGCGACGCUGCAGUGGCAUCGACAUCAAGAUCUUCUGGUUUGGGCGAGUGUAUGGAAACAACUGGUGAAAUGAGCGGAUCAGCUGGGAAGAAGAAGAAAACACUUGCGUCGAUGCUGCGUAAGAAGACAUCGACGUUGACAAAAGAUCGAAUAUCGCAGAGGCUUUUAGGCAUAAGGUCCAGGGAUUCAACUCAGAGGCAGCUUACACUGAGUCAAGGAGCUAACUAUGGCGAUGCAUUCCCAAAUCAGUGGUAAAUCCCGUCUACAUAACUUGUGGGUCUAAAGGGGAAUGGCUGUCCAUACAUGAAACUGUUUAUUGGAUUAAAUUUUGUAUAUUGCUUUGUUUAUUCCA